UUAAGAAUGUCAACGAUUUUAUAACCUUUUUUAUUUUUGUUUUUGGUUGCAAUGACAUAGAAAAUAUAAAAUGGUGAAGUUGUGCAUAGUGCUACUCUUCGUUUUAGAUUUUGUAAACGGCCAGGGCAAAGAUCCUUGCCUGACUGCAACUUUGAUAAACGACGCCAGAAGACAUGUUGAUUACAACCAAACUUCCGACUUAUGUGAUCGUCUGCUGCAGCCCGGGUUUUACCGUUUCCAGAACGCGGAAAUCCCCUUCAGUGACUCGUGCAUUGACGACUACCACUGUGGAACCCAUAAGCCUGUCUGGAUUCAAGGAAACAAUUAUCCGAAGGUAAGCGAUGGACUACAGGCGCGGAAUAUAUGCGUAAACGUAGUUGCCAACGAUAACAACUGCUGUGACUACAGUAAAGAAAUAGCUGUUAAAAAUUGCGGAUCCUACUAUGUUUAUUAUUUGCGGCCCACACCCGGAUGUUCCAUGGCAUAUUGCACAGAAAAGGCGUGUUCCGGACCUAAGUAUUCUAAAACAGGAUUACCACCUUGCACAGAUGCCUACCCGAUUCUGACUAAAAACCCUGUUCUCAGCAAUCCUAUUGUAACAACAAACGAUUUUGAAUUCAAAUGCCACGUUCCAUAUCCGCCAAAUAAGCAUGAUGCCACUUUCGAAGUCACGUGGCUCAUAGAUGGUCGACCAACACAAAGUAUUCCGAAGCAAACUAUUUCCGGCGGACAAAGGGACGUUACUCUGCAAGGUGGAAGUUUGUAUGGUCAUAUCAACAGUGCAUUAUCUUGUUCUGUAGUUUCAACAUUUACCGACCAACACACUGGGGGAUUGAAAUCACCACCACAGAACAGUAAUGAGUACUUUGUUGGCAUACAGAUUAGUCACUCAAAAAUUACAGUAGGAGACAAGUUACCUGACCAGCAAGUAUUUGUUACAUCCACCAUACCGAUCGUCUGCAGACACCAAGCUCAACAAACCUGUGCUUUAAUCUUCACCGUCACAACUGAUAAUGAGAAUGUCUCACCGAGCACUUGCCACUUGGAAAUUAAACAUACAGACUGGAACCCUAUAACAAACACUGCGCAGACGUCAUUCUUUAUCAAUACGUCUCCGACUUUCACAGCGACGUCAUCAUCUACGUCACAUGUACAUUUUGGAGUAAGCACGGUGCCCGGAUGGGAAUGGAGCGGAUUGAAAGUGCCAAAUAUAACGGUGGUCUCUACUGCCAACCGACACGGAGCACAGUGCAAAUCUGUCGGAGAUCCACAUUAUUUCACAUUUGAUAACCAUUUUACAUCGGCUAACAAACGUUUUUCUAAUUUCCAUGUUGGACAAUUUACGUUGGUGAAACAAAAAAGAGGCUCUUUCCAGGUUGAAAGUCGAACUUGGAAGAUGCCUGGUGGACGAGCAUCGCUCAACUGCGCAGUCGCCGCACGUGAGGGAAAUGACGUCAUAAUUGUGGAUAUGUGUGAUGGACCAUAUGAAAAAACUUACCCUAAACUUAAGAUUCAGAAUCCAGCGAUGUUUGAAAAUAAGACCAAUAUUGUUAAAGAUCGAAGUGGAAACGUCUUUGUGAUAAAAUUCAAAUCAGGAGCUGUGGUUAAAGUACACCUUAGAAAUCUGAAUUGCCUUGAUGUUUUUAUAAGUGUACCGGGUACAUUUGCAGGUGACACAAUGGGACUAUGCGGUACGUUCGAUGGAAACUAUAAUAAUGACUUACAACGUCCGAAUGGUCACAUAGAUGCAGUUAGCAGAUAUCCAUAUUCUUUUAUAGAUUCCUGGAGGAUACCAACUGGUACUAGUUUGUUUGAGAAAGCGGAACCACUUCCGGCAAAGAACACACGGAUGGAUUUCUGCACGUGCAACAAGCAGACGAAUAAACAAGAAUGUAAUAACAAUCAUUCGGCAAUGCCACCAAUUUCGGCGUUUUGUACUGGGUGUACAGCUGUGGAUCCUGUACCGUUUUUACCACCAACCACGACACCGCCAUCUGUCUGGGUAACUAUGCCGCCUCCAGUUGCACAAACAACGUACAUCUUCCCACCCCCAUCCCAGCCCCCUCAACAAACGGCAGUCAUUUCACGACCCACGGCCACGAUGUAUUGCUUUGACGUAAUGAACAAGUAUCCCUCCGCACAGAAGUGUAUACAUGAUGUUUACCAGAUGGGCUUUACGGAAAUCGUUGACAUGUGUGUAAAUGAUAUUGAGUUAACAGGGGAUAAAGAUAUGGGCCUUUCGGCAUUGACAACUAUGAUGGAAGGGUGUGGCUUCAACAGUCUUAUAAAACCCAGCAACGUAGUAAAUGGUACGUUCGUAACCCCACCGGAAGCAAAGGUCUGUCCAGGCGCGUGCUCCGGAAAUGGUGAUUGCAAUAAUGGCGUCUGCACAUGUGUGUCAGGAUUUGAAAGUUCUGAUUGUUCUGUCAACAAAACGAAAUUGCCAUCAAUUACAGAUAUUUAUGGAGGAAGCGCGUGCGAUUCACAAUCUGGUGACUGCCAUAAACCUGUUGUGCUGGGAGAAAACAUGAACUACCAAAAGACUGCCUGUAAAAUACGAGGAAUUCACUUUUCACAAUAUGGUUCGAGCACUGUUGAUAUGACGUCAUCUGUUGUUUUAGCUGACUUCAUGUCUACAAGUCACGUUGCCUGCCCACUUCCAAAAGACCCUUAUAACGGUGAUGGGGCAGCUUUAAAGGGAUAUAUGAUGUCAUUAACAAAUAAUGGUGGCUCGAAAGAAGGCAAUACGCAAGUGUAUUACAUUUAUAAUUCUACAUGCAUGGAAUGUGACCAGCUAGGGUCGUGUAGUGUAAAGUCUGGCACGUGUAUGAUUGAGAACAAAUGUUAUGUUAAUGGCGACCAUGACAACAGAGAUAAUCAAGGCUGGUGUAUCCCGACGGUCAGUAAUACACAGUGGACUAAACAGUCUCCGACGACGGCUGCACCACUUCCAACAACAACGGCAUUCUUCCCUCCAUCUUCCAAAGCUUCGCAAGGAUCUGGUGCACUGAACAACUACACAGCUGUGGGCACGGGAUGUGGCUGUUACUUCGAUACCACGAGGACAGACUGCGCGUGCUGUAAGAACUACGGUUGCCCGUGUGAUGCUACGAGUAGACACGUGUGCUUCGACUGUAUGACACCUGACAUGUGUCACCAUUAACAUUUGAUAUUAGUUAUAUACAGAUCACUUUGAUGUCAUUUAUUGAUUAGUGAAGUAUACAUUGAUUUGAAUUUAGGUUAUAAAUAAUAAUCACAGCG